UCGUCACCGGCGCCAUGGGGCAACCUCAGCACCAGGAGCAGCAGCAGGAGCCGCGCACCGGGUCCCGGCGGCUGCAGUAUGCCGCCGCCUUCUCAGCGACGCUGGGCUACCUGUCGUUCGGCGCGUUCGCCGGCUGGGCGGCGCCGGUGCUGCCGCGGCUCAUCUCCAACUCGUCGCACAUCCCCACCACGGAGGACGAGGCCUCGUGGAUCGUGGCGUCCAGCUCGCUGACCAUGGUCUUCCCCAUGCUCUUCAUCGGCCACCUGGUGGACCUGCUGGGCCGCAAGCGCAUGCUGCUGUACAGCGCCGGGCCGCACCUGGCGCUCUGGGCCAUCCAGAUCUUCGCCACGCAGCCCUGGGAGCUCAUCGUGUCGCGCGUCGUCGGCGCCAUCUCGCAGUGCAUCAUCAUCGUCACCUCGCCCUGCUACCUCGUCGAGAUCGCCGAGCUCGAGAUCCGCGGCACGCUGGUCACCCUCUACCAGGUGAUGCAGAACCUGGGCACUCUGGUGGUGUUCUGCGUAGCACCGUACGUGCAUUUCCGCACUUUGGCCGGCAUCAUGAUGGCCUUCCCCGUUCUGCUGGUGGCCACCCUCUCGUGGAUGCCGGAGUCCCCCACCUACCUGUUGCUCAGAGGGCGUUACAAGGAAGCCCAGCAGUCCCUCAAGCGUUUGCGAGGCACCAGAGUCUUCGAGGACGUGGAGGAGGAGUUCGAGGCUCUGAGGCGGUCGGUGGAGGAGCGCCAGAGCGAGCCGGGCGCGGGCGACGGCUACAUGGCGACGAUGCGGGAGCUGGUGUGCGACUCCGUCAACCGGCGCACGCUGCUCAUCUCGGGCAUCCUGAUGCCGCUGCUGCUCUGGUCGGGCUACCUCGUGCUCAUGACGUACGCCACAGUGUUCUUCCAGCGCUCGGGCAGCUCCGUGGACCCCGACGUGUCGUCCAUCACGCUGGCCGUCGUGCAGAUGGUGAUGAGCGUGGUGGCCUCGUUGGCCGUGGAGCGCUUCAGGACGCGCCGCACGCCGCUCAUGGUGUGCUUCGCCGGCGCCGCCCUGGCGCUCGUGGCGGAGGGCCUCUACUUCUACCUGCUGGACGUGGCGCAAGCUGACGUGGCCGCCUUCAGCUGGGUGCCGCUCGCGUCACACAUUGUCUACUUGAUAUGCAUGACGAUGGGUCCAGGCGCCCUCAUAUGGACGGUCUGCAGCGAGGUGUUCCGUCCUCGCGUCAAGGGCAUCGCCAUGUCAGUGUUGUCCAUCGUCAACUGCGGAUCGGCUUUUGCCACGCUCAAGACAUACCACGCCAUGUCCAUCCACUUCGAGCUGUACGUGCCCUUCUGGAUGUUCGCCAUUUUCUGCGCAUUCGCCGUGUUCUACGUGUGGAGGUUCGUUCCCGAGACCAAAGGCCGGCUGGCUGAGGAGGUGGCGUUGGAGAUAGCGGGCAUCAAACCUGGACGCACUGAAGACGAGACCGCCACCAAAGAGGAGAGGGAAAAGAUAAAAGUGUGAGCCUGCACUCCGUGGCACGCCAAUACUCUACAAUAUGACAAACUCUGAUGCGCCCAGUAUCAUGAAAAGUGUCGCCCAUCUCUUGACUGUGAUAGCCUUUCGAUAUUCUAGACUUUUCGGUGCUGCUCAAGAAGUGUUAUCAUUCGCAUUAUAUAUUUCACAUUCAUACAAAGUAUCAACCAUACCACUUUAUUGUAUUUGAUGCAAAGAGAUUAUUUAUUGCAAGAGAUCGUA